AUGGCAAUUCUCACGAAUGGAUUUGCUCUAGUUUGCCAAAACUUUACCAAUUCUGAUUCACUACCAUCACAAUUUUGUGUUUGCGAUUUUCGAAUAAACACUCGCGGAUGUGAAGAAGAAAGCUUUCUACGAACGGCGAAUUGGAUCUUAUUAGGAUACACAAUACUAAUAACGUUAACUAGCGGAUGUUUCUUGUAUUAUCAAAUACGCGUAAGAGGGCAGAGCUUACUUUUGCCAGCGACAAGAGAACGAGGCUUUAUACGGCCACGACCACAAAAUGCUGUUCAUCUAAUUAAUUUUGCGUUCAAUCUAUUGAAUACUAUAAAUUUGGUUUUAUUACUUAGUGAUGCAUUUCCCAAUACUUUGGCAGCAGAAUUAUCUCAUGAUAUCCCCCGAGUAGCUGUUUUAGGACUUUCAGCUCUGCUUCCGGUUAGUAUUGUCUACACCAUCCCAAAUAACGAAAAUGAAUGUGCGAUUCCUAUACCAGAUAAAAAUUAUCUUGAUAUCUGGGGUCUUAUAUUAAUGUUCGGUCCAUUUUCGUGUUGUGUUCCAUUAGCGAUACUCACCGGAUACUACGCAGACCUAAAUGAUAUUGAGAAAGCCAACAAAUAUUUCAAAAUUCAUUAUUUAGUCCAUUCGUUUUGGUUUGGAAUUUAUACGCUCACGAUCAUCAUUUUUUGGUACAUGUUAAACUCGGUGUUAAAUGCACACAUAAAAGAAUUGAAAGAGAAAGAUUGGAAAAUGAAACAAGCGAAAAGAGCUUGUCGUAAUGUGACCAAUAUCGUUCAGGGAGUUUUUCUUUACAAUAAUCUCACACCAACCGAUGGACCACCCAAAUUAGAAAUUAAUUCACGCACCAACACAACAAACACAAUGAAUUCUCAUCAGCGCACGUUAGAAAACAUUGACAACUGGGAAGAUAUGAUUUUAGAAGCAAGACAUGCGACGCUGGUAAAUCCAGUGCAGUUACCUAAUGAUCAGUCAAUGGAAUUAGUUGAUGAAAAGGCAACGAUAAAUUUAAUGAAUCAACCAUUAUCAGCAUCGUUGGAAUCGAUCAAUAAAUUGUUUGAUGAGCUAAUCACUCCAUAA